CAGCGGAGUCGCCUCCUCCCGCCCGCACGCGCCCAGCCCGCUUGCGCACCUGUCGUAUAGUUCGGAAGACCUCGGGCAGUACGACUACGACGAUGACGACGACUCGUCGAGCUUCUUCGAGCGCGCGUCCGAGGUGGACGGUGCGGAGGACGAUGGGCCGCUCAGCACGAGUCAGAUCUUCGACGACGAGGAUGACGAGAGUGACGAAGAAAGCGUGCCGCUCGAGGUGCGCCGGCGGCGGCCGUCGUGGUCUGUCGUGCCACCGGAUCAGGAUCAGGACAGCGGGGAGGAGGAGGAGGAAGAUGAUGAAGAUGAUGAUGAUGAAGAUGAAGUAGAUAUAGAAGAGUCAUGAUGCCGCUCCCCUCCGCAUUCGUGUGGUGCCACCAGCAUCGACGGACGCAUCUGUAUUUAUGGGGCUCACCAUAGAAAACGGACAGAAUAUAUUUCACUUGCCAUCUCUUACACGCCCGCUCAUACCCUUUUCUUUGCCCAUCAUGCAUCAUCAUUCAGUCUCUUUUUGUUUUCUGGUUUCCUCCACACCUGCUCAUUCUCUACUCGGUCGGCCUCACUCCUCCCACUCCACUUCUAUCUUUCGUCCUUCAUCUUCAUACCGUCACGACCUUUUCAAAGCUGUCUUUGCCUUUACAUGUACUCAUAGCCUUUCCUUCUUCCCUUCGCCUAUCUACCAUCAUACAUUCCUUGCCGGCCAUCUCACCACGUUUGCAACGCUCCAGCCUCAGUUACAUACAGUCACAGCCAGUGGAUUCAGAAAUAGAAACUAAAGGGCUAUAUUACCGCCGCAGCGGCACAGAUUGGUGUU